GCGCAAGAAGGAAGCGGCCGCUGUGCUCCCGGCGGCUGCGCUGGGGUAUGCGGUACCGGCUAGCGUGGCUGUUGCACCACGCGCUGCCCAGCACCUUCCGCUGCGUCCCCGGUGCCCGCCUGCCGCCCGCGGAGCGCCUCUGUGGUUUCCACUACUAUCUGGAAAUGCUUGCGUUGGGAACUGCAAAAGUUUGCCUGCCUCCGCCUUAUUUCCAAAAAAAGACUUACAGCAAAAUGAAUAAUCCAGCUAUCAAGAGACUAGGAAAUCACAUUAUCAAAUCUCCUGAAGACAAGCGAGAAUAUCGUGGGCUACAGCUGGCCAAUGGUAUCAAAGUACUUCUCAUCAGUGAUCCCACCACGGAUAAAUCAUCAGCAGCCCUUGAUGUACACAUAGGUUCAUUGUCAGAUCCUCCAAAUAUUGCUGGCUUAAGUCAUUUUUGUGAACAUAUGCUAUUUUUGGGAACAAAGAAAUACCCUAAAGAAAAUGAAUACAGCCAGUUUCUCAGUGAGCAUGCAGGAAGUUCAAAUGCCUUUACUAGUGGAGAGCAUACCAAUUACUAUUUUGAUGUUUCCCAUGAACACCUAGAAGGUGCUCUAGACAGGUUUGCACAAUUUUUCCUGUGCCCCUUGUUUGAUGAGAGUUGCAAAGACAGAGAGGUGAAUGCAGUUGAUUCAGAACAUGAGAAGAAUGUGAUGAAUGAUGCUUGGAGACUCUUUCAGCUGGAAAAAGCUACAGGGAAUCCCAAACACCCCUUCAGCAAAUUUGGGACAGGUAACAAAUAUACUCUGGAGACUAGACCAAACCAAGAAGGCAUUGAUGUAAGACAAGAGCUACUGAAAUUCCAUUCUACUUAUUAUUCAUCCAACUUAAUGGCUAUUUGUGUUUUAGGUCGAGAAUCUUUAGACGACCUGACUAAUCUGGUGGUAAAGUUAUUUUCUGAAGUAGAGAACAAAAAUGUCCCAUUGCCAGAAUUUCCUGAACACCCUUUCCAAGAGGAACAUCUUAAACAACUUUACAAAAUAGUACCCAUUAAGGACAUUAGGAAUCUUUAUGUGACAUUUCCCAUACCUGACCUUCAGAAAUACUACAGAUCAAAUCCUGGUCAUUAUCUUGGUCAUCUCAUUGGGCAUGAAGGUCCUGGGAGUCUGUUAUCAGAACUUAAAUCAAAAGGCUGGGUAAAUACUCUUGUUGGUGGGCAGAAGGAAGGAGCCCGAGGUUUUAUGUUUUUUAUCAUUAAUGUGGACUUGACUGAGGAAGGAUUAUUACAUGUUGAAGAUAUAAUCUUGCACAUGUUUCAAUACAUUCAGAAGUUACGUGCAGAAGGACCUCAAGAAUGGGUUUUCCAAGAGUGCAAGGACUUGAAUGCUGUUGCUUUUAGGUUUAAAGAUAAAGAGAGGCCACGGGGCUAUACUUCUAAGAUUGCAGGAAUAUUGCAUUAUUAUCCCCUAGAAGAAGUGCUCACAGCUGAAUAUUUACUGGAAGAAUUUAGACGUGAUUUAAUAGAGAUGGUUCUCGAUAAACUCAGACCAGAAAAUGUCCGGGUUGCAGUAGUUUCAAAAUCUUUUGAAGGAAAAACUGAUCGCACAGAAGAGUGGUAUGGAACCCAGUACAAACAAGAAGCUAUACCAGACGAAGUCAUUAAGAAAUGGCAAGAUGCUGACCUGAAUGGGAAAUUUAAACUUCCAACAAAGAAUGAAUUUAUUCCUACGAAUUUUGAGAUUUUAUCAUUAGAAAAAGAAGCAGCACCAUACCCUUCUCUUAUUAAGGAUACAGCUAUGAGCAAACUCUGGUUCAAACAGGAUGAUAAGUUUUUCUUACCCAAGGCUUGUCUCAACUUUGAAUUUUUCAGCCCAUUUGCUUAUGUGGACCCCUUGCACUGUAACAUGGCCUAUUUGUACCUUGAGCUCCUCAAAGACUCACUCAACGAGUAUGCAUAUGCAGCAGAGCUAGCAGGCUUGAGCUAUGACCUACAAAAUACCAUCUAUGGGAUGUAUCUCUCGGUGAAAGGUUACAAUGACAAGCAGCCAAUUUUGCUGAAGAAGAUUAUUGAGAAAAUGGCUACCUUUGAGAUUGAUGAAAAAAGAUUUGAAAUUAUCAAAGAGGCAUAUAUGCGAUCUCUUAACAAUUUCCGAGCUGAACAGCCUCACCAGCACGCCAUGUACUACCUCCGCUUGCUGAUGACUGAAGUGGCCUGGACGAAAGAUGAAUUAAAAGAAGCCCUGGAUGAUGUCACCCUUCCUCGCCUUAAGGCCUUCAUACCUCAGCUCCUGUCACGGCUGCACAUUGAAGCCCUUCUUCAUGGAAACAUAACAAAGCAGGCUGCAUUAGGAAUUAUGCAGAUGGUUGAAGAUACCCUUAUUGAACAUGCUCAUACGAAACCUCUCCUUCCAAGUCAGCUGGUUCGAUAUAGAGAAGUUCAGCUCCCUGACAGAGGAUGGUUUGUUUAUCAGCAGAGGAAUGAAGUUCACAAUAACUGUGGCAUCGAGAUAUACUACCAAACAGACAUGCAGAGCACCUCGGAGAAUAUGUUUCUAGAACUCUUCUGUCAGAUCAUCUCUGAGCCUUGCUUCAACACUCUGCGCACCAAGGAGCAGCUGGGCUAUAUUGUCUUCAGCGGGCCACGUCGAGCCAAUGGCAUACAGGGCUUACGAUUUAUCAUCCAGUCGGAAAAGCCACCUCACUACCUGGAAAGCAGAGUGGAAGCUUUCUUAAUUACCAUGGAAAAGUCCAUAGAGGAUAUGACAGAAGAGGCCUUCCAAAAACAUAUUCAAGCAUUAGCGAUUCGUCGCCUAGACAAACCAAAGAAACUGUCUGCUGAGUGUGCUAAAUAUUGGGGGGAAAUCAUCUCCCAACAAUACAAUUUUGACAGAGAUAAUACAGAAGUUGCAUAUUUAAAGACACUUACCAAGGAAGAUAUCAUCAAAUUCUACAAGGAAAUGUUGGCCGUAGAUGCUCCGAGGAGACAUAAGGUAUCCGUCCAUGUUCUUGCCAGAGAAAUGGAUUCUUGUCCUGUGGUUGGCGAGUUCCCAUGUCAAAAUGAUAUAAAUUUGUCACAAGCACCAGCCUUGCCACAACCUGAAGUGAUUCAGAACAUGACGGAGUUCAAGCGUGGUUUGCCACUGUUUCCCCUUGUGAAACCACAUAUUAACUUCAUGGCUGCAAAACUCUGAAGAUUCUCCAUGGGUGGCAAAGUGCAAGUGGAUGCAUUCCUGAGUCUUCCAGGGGCUAAGAAAACAAUCUUGGCCACUUUAAUAGUUUCUCAUUCACUAUUAGAGAGACAAACAGAAAAAAAGAAGUUUGUCAAAUGUCACUAUGUAGAAAUAUUAAAAAUCCAAAGUAAUUAAAUUACAGGAUCUUAUAGAUGUAGAAUAUUUUUAAAAUACAUGCCUCUUAAAUAUUUUAAAAUUUUUCUUUUUGUUACUAAGAGAAAUUUCCCUUAUAUAACAGUACUUAAAAUGAUGAAUGAUGUUCCUAUAGAAUCUUCCUUCCUUAUUCUGUAAAAUAGUCACUUGUCAGAAGAAAAUAUGUUAGCUUUUUUCUAAAAGCCUCUUAGGUUGACAGAAAAGGCUUCAAAACAUUUAGAAAGGUAAUAACUUUUUAAAAAUUGAUCCUCAAAUUUGCUUUCUACUUGAUGGUUUCAUGUAAAUCAGUGGAGAACAUUACAUCUGGCAGAUAACGAACAAAGCAAUGUCAUUUUCUUUUAUUAGUGAAAUUGCUGAUUAUAUAAGGCAUGGUUUUAAUCUUUUUAUAAAAUUUGAACAUGUUUUUUAUUCGAACUAGUAAAAUGCUGGAAAACCCUAGAACACCCUACUUAUUUACAGUGCUAGAAAUACAGACUUAGCUUUACAUCAAUUUUGUCCCAAACUGAAUUUCUCAGGAUUUCUGUGAUUUGUUUCUUUCUGAUUGAAUUAUAUUGACAUUCUUGUUGUUCAUAGUUGGUUUGCAGUGUCCCAUUAGUUUUACUUUUUCCCAUGAACAUGUUGCUGUAUUUAUUUAACAAGUACAAAUAGGGUCACCUUAGAGCCCACUGAGUGUGCAACAUGCCUUUCCAGCAUCAGCUAUUAUAAACACCUGUAACUUUUACUACCGUGAAAUUGCAGUCAGUAUAUGAAACAAAAUAUUUGCCCCAUUACGAAUUUAAAAGGCAACAAGUACAAAGUCGCCUUUUUGGAGGUAUAAAAAAUAAAGCCUUGGAUUCUUAAAUAGUGUGAUCUCCAUAAGACUCUCAAGUCCCUUUUUGCUACCACUCUAAUAUUGCCUUAAGUGUUAUUUUUUGAAUAGAUAAAUAUAAACAUACAAACACACAGAUGAUGACUGGAGUAGACUUUUAAAAAAUAUUUUUUUCAUGAGAUACUAUUUUAGGAGAAAUUGUUAUUGUGGAUUUAACAGCUGUUUUGAAAUAUUUACUGUUAUUAAAACUUCAAGAGAAAUUGUGACUAUACUUCCACAUCCGGCACUAGGAGCAGUAAGUGGCCCUGUUGUGCACUAACUCAGGCAAAGUAAAGAAUGGCGUUUUCAAAUGAUGUUUUGCCUGCAUAUGAGUUGAUUUGCCAGGACUUCUUUCCGUAGUCAUGUCUUUUCACAUCUUAAAUUUUCACAUCUUUUCAAAUAAUCUAAAUUUGGGGCAAGAAUGAUAUAAUCACAGCUGUGGAGGCUGCUUUCGAAAGCGGGUCUCCGUUCCUACUGUCAGAUAGAUGUGGUGCUGUAACUGUCUUUCUAUCCCUACCUUCAAGAGCUUCCUUGUAUGAAGCCUGUCUUUGUCCCUCAGAGGUGCGUGAGUCAUCACUUCCUUCUGGUUUUAUGCAUUUGUAGACUAUGCAGCUUUUCAUCAGACUGCAAAUAUAUAUGAGAGGGAUGUAAAAUUACUCCUGAGUGUUGAAAUCCACCACUGUAAGAGUAAAUAAUCCCCCUACCUUUUCUGUGGGAAAUUAUGUGCUAUUGAGUAACUUUUAGCUCUUUUUUAAAAAUGGGUGAAAUUUAACAGUGUCAUUUUUAUGAGAAAGUCACAUGAAGAAAUCCGAAAGGGAUCCCAUGUAGUCUUCCCGGAACCUGUGAUUGUCGUUCAGUGUGCUCCAGCACUGUCUGGUCUCCAGACUGGAUCGAGAGCUCCUGUCGGAUCACUCAGGCACACUAAGGGAUUCGUUCAGGCGGGUCCAAGCUGCAGUCCAUGAGCAAUAACAGACCACCCCGGAUCCUGCUGUCUACGCAAUGCUUAGGAAAUGAGAUUUGUGAGACAAAUGAAGUGUUUAGUUACUGUGACUUUUUUAAAAAGUCUUCUUUUUGACCAGUUGAUGUGGAAGAGAGAGCAUGUGACACAGCCAGUGUGGUGGAGUGCUAGGGUAAUCCUGUUUACAAUAAAUCUCCUGAAUUUAACCUCUGGAGUUUGCAUUUGUAUUAUUUUUACAGUUUCAGUGGCCAAUCCUCAACCUACCUCUCAACAUCCCAAUUUGACAGUGUUUCUCGCUUUCAUUAUUCCUAAUGCAGAAAGCAGUGAUUGUUCUUUUUAAGUGUAUCUGGGUAACAGUGAUUUAGUCAAAUAAAUGGGUCAGUUUCACACUCUUAUGAGUGGAUCACUUUUGUAAAACAGGAAUCUCAGUGUAAGAGGCUGAACACCUUCUUGCUGUGAGUAUUGUCACUGACCCCAAACCCAGAAAGAUGUGUCCCUGGCAUUACAGGGAGGGAAAAACAAAGGAUAGAAAAACAAAAGGUUUCUCUCCUCUACGGCUAGUCUUGGCAUCUUCUUGCCACAUCUCCAGCAGCAGAUUAGGCAGCUAUCUUGUUCAGUCCCUGGCUUCUAACUCUCUGUCAAUCUUUCUACUUAUGUGAUUGCCAGCUGGCUCAGACAGGCAUUUCAAGAGGAAAUCUGCUUGUCCCUCAGUUUCCAGCCUAGGAUAAAGGUCCAGCCCACAUGGUCAGGUGCUCAGGGGUGAGCAGCCCCAUCCAGAGGCCCAAAGCAACCCCAGGCUUAUGGCUUGGGACAGUUUUCCCCUCUCUCGCAGUGCAUGGAGGGAGUCAUCUCAUCCCCUUCUCAUAAUCUCUAAUACAGCUUCUCAGGAUGUCUAUGGUGAAAACCAGGGAUUCUCACAUACUUAUCUCCCUUUUGUAAGGGUGGUCCCUGCCCUCCUAAUCCUUCCCUGGCAGGGCCUCUGACCAGUUGGCUCCUGGGUCCCUCGUAUUCUGUGCUGCCUAUUGAAUGAAGUUCGCUUGUUGUCCUUGUCAAUUUGAACAUUGUACACCCCCCUGGUUUCUUGUGGCAGAACUUAUUGGUAGUACUGCAUUGCUACUUUUCUCACCCAAGUCCAACUCUUCAUAGAUACUAUAGCAUUUUGGACGGGUCAUACCCUACAUUAACAUUAACAUUAUAAAGCACUUUAUAGAUUACAGACCACCCUCACAGACAUCUUCCACAAUAAUCUUUUGACAUGGGAGGACGAAGAUUAAAAUUAUAUCAUCCCAGGUUUUCAGAGGUGAAAAUAGGCUCGGAAAGACUGAACAGUCUUCCAGGAUUGUGCAGGAAGCACAGACUCAAACUUCUACUUGGAUCUUUAAACCCUAGAUUUUGUUGUUCCAUGUGGAUUUCCUGUAAUAGCUACCAAGUCCACGAUGUGCUUGUGGAACAAAGUAGAAAGAGUGUUGCUUUUACAUUUGUGUGAAACUUUACCUUUUUCACAUGCACCAUCUUACUGAGUCUCCCAACUUUUGCCUAUUUUGGAUGGAGUGAGAUCAGAUCUCGGAGUCAAUGCACCUCUCCUCCAGUCCGCUGUUGUGUCCACUCUGCUGGGCUACCUUGUGGCCAGUUACCACACUGCCUGCAGGAUCUCCCUCCCUGUUGGGGUUAAUCCAGACCCAUGCCUCCUGUCCUGCUAAAACCCUGAAUCCAUGCAAGCUUUUCUUCCUGUUGCCCCUGGAGUGAUAGAUUAUCUGGAAUCCUUCAAAAAAUUCAGACGAGCAGUGUGAAGAAGAGUCAAGAUCAUCUGUGACCCCACCACUCUGAGACAACCACAUCUGCAUUAUGUUUCUUUGUAGUCUUUGUCCUAUGUAUAUAGAAUAGGGUCAUAUAUUCAGUGUUGCAACUUUUUCCUUCAAUAGUAUAUACUGAGAAUUUUCCACAUGGAUACUCUUGAAAAAAGGUGAUUUUUUAUUGUUGUUGGGUGUUUGGUGUCAUACUGUAGUUUUUUUAUUGAAUCCUCUUUGUGGGAUGUUUAGGGUGUUUUCAAACUUCUAUGUGUGAUAAAACUCUUUGUGCAGAG